GAAGCAACAAGCAGGCACGAGAUUUGUCUCAGAAAAAAUAAAGGCAAGCAAGAGAUGGGGAGUGGCGGAGGCGUAGGAGAAGAAGCUGAUGGAGGCGACGAGGCGAGUGGAAAGGCGGAGGCGCUCGCAUCAAGUAGGCUCCUCGAUCCGGAAUUUAAGCCCUCCAAGCUAUCCCAAGAUCGGCUCGACAAGUUCAAGGAAUUACACAAGAAAUGCCUACAAAUAAACGAAAAACCAAAAUACAAAGGAAAAUCUAAAGGAAGCACUAAUAGGAAUGCUAAAGUAUCCAAUUCUAAAUUCAGUAAUAAGGAUAAAUCCGUUGAUAACACUGCAACAGAUGUACAUCAUACAGCAUCAACUACAGGUACCCAAGAGAAUCAUGCAACGUCCCUGCCCUUAAGGAACAAAAGGAAGUUACGCUGGGGGCUUGAUGUUAAAGAGCGGUGGGAGAGAAAAGCGAAUAUGUGAAUUCCUGAAGAUCAAUUGUGUUCUCAGAGCAAACCAUCCCUCCAUGUAAAUUAAGAAAAGUCGACCCCAGAAAGUUGUUAUUACCUUCUUCCUAGCUGGAUGGAUCCAUCUUUCUUUUAGCAGGCAUAGCAAGAAUUGGGCAGCAAGCUUCCUGAUUUGCAGGUUUCCCUGUGUGGUUAGACAUUCCUGUGUUCCUUUUUGUUUUUAAGUACCUGCCCAGAUCUUCUGUUGGGUACUUCAGGCCCACACAAGUUGUGGAAUAGCCUCCCGCUAUCUUAACGAGACAGGAAAGGUAUCUAUCUCAGAUGUUGUCUCUGGAGUAUGAUAUACCGAUGCUUGCUUGUAAAUUAGUAUUUAGGAAAUUUGAACUAAAGCCCCAACACUUAUGGAUUGGAGGGAGUACUCUAUUUUGUUUUUGAUUGGUGGCAGUUUAUCUAUUUUCUAAACCCUUGUUAUUCA